CCAUAUCAUAACUAACACAAUUGAUAAGGGAAAAGUAGAUCAAAUGUUGUACUAUUGACAAUCUUCAUUCUUACUUUCAUCAUGGCUAAUAUGAUAUGGGCUCUUCUGAUGGUUGCAGGUGCCACGCUAUGUGUAUCAGCAUGUGAUGAUGUGGACACGAGGGCAUGUGAACUACUUGCUAACAAACGACCAGAUUUAUGUAGUGACCCAUGUUCGUCUGCAUUAUGUAACCGCUUUUGCGGACAGUGCUCCGUGAAGUGUUAUCAGUGCGAUGAGGUCAAUUUUCCCCAGAACUGCACAAACGUCGUAGAAUGUCCUUCAAAAGAUCAUUAUUGCUAUACUACACAAAGUUUUGCCUCUGAUUUUAGGGAAAUCUACCGGAUGGGAUGUGCUCUAAAAUCUAUAUGCAGUCUUUACCUGGGUCCAGAUACAAACAGGAGAAACAUAGACGUCAAUGGGGCCUGCUGUACGCAAGACAAUUGUAACAACAGAUUACCCUACGAUAUAAUUACUUCACAGACGCUCCCUUCUCAGUCCGUCUCUACAGUGAUAUUACCAUCGGGUGCUUCAACGUUGAACCAAAAUAGUUGCACCAAUCUUGAUGAUACUGCAUGUGCACGAAUGAAUCAAGCAGAUCCGUCACUCUGUUUAUCUGGUGGAUGCUUUGCAGCACUGUGUCCAGGUUUAUGUGGGAGUUGCUUUAAUUGUUACACGUGUGAUGAUAUCAACAGUCUCACAGAUUGCAAGAAUACCACUCACUGUUCAUCAGGAAGCGAAUGUUUUGCCUACGAAACUUUGACUAAAGACUUCCGUCAAGUAUACAGAGUCGGAUGCGUACAACAGCAGUUUUGUUCUAGAUUUACUGGAAGUGGAACUGGACAAAGCAUUAUUGGACGUCGAGAUGAAGGAUUUAUUUUGAAAGGAAGUUGCUGUACCAGUAACCUUUGUAACGACCAUAUAAAUUUUAUUCAGCCACCGACUACCAGUAUACCACAACAAGCAGUGUGUACCGGCAGUUAUGGCAGUCAAGAUCAUACUUCUUGUCCAAUUGGUUAUGCUGAAACUAGAAAUUCAUGCUAUAUGGUCGGACCAAUUGAAUUAGAUUGGGGAGAUGCAAAAGAAUACUGUGAGAAACACUGUGGUCGGCUGAUUGAUUUUGCUAACAAAGAUGAGUUGCUAGCAGUGACAAAUUUGCUUAUUCCUAAUGUUGACGGGCAAUUUCAAGAUGAAUUUGCCUGGGUCGGUGCUAAAUAUAUUAACAGAGAAUGGGUUUGGACGAACAAUGGUAAUUUGGUAAAUGAAAAAGACUUUGACAGUCUAACUAGUUCCCAUCCACGGACACAUAUAUGUGGUUUUGUGAGAGUGUAUAUGGACACUAACCCAGGACAACUAAGAGAGGAACUAUUCGAGGAGAAUUGUGACCGAUUGUUUUCACCGCUCUGCGAAGCUCCCAAAGUCUAAGCGUUCAUUAUAAGAAGAAAUAUUUUUUAAGUAAUGUAUUUACAUAAAUUUGGAUUAAAAGUAAUGUCUCUUUUUUCACUUUCUUAUCUUUUUCAAAAAUCAAUAAGAAUAUCUUCAAUGCAAAUAGUAUAAAAAGACAACUGUGACCAGUCUGUGGAGUUGAUUAACCAAAAAGAUAUCCUCUAUCGAUAAUGUUACUGAUAGUUGAUUGUAAUUACAUCGAAAAUAUUUAUUGCAAAUAUCACAUAAACUAAAUAAUAUCACUGAUCCGUGGAGAUGCAGUCAGGGUUAUAUGCAACAUGCAAGACGGACAUGUAAACCGUACAUCCAUUACAUACACAACAUC